AUGUCAGAAGGACUUCUUGGAUAUAACGGAGACUCUAAAUUCUAUGAUGCUCAAGAUAGACUCAACUUCGUGAGAAAAGUCUAUUCGAUUCUUGGAGUUCAAAUAUUGAUUACUUCUCUCAUCACUUUAAUUCCAAUGACAAAUGAUCAUGCAAAGAUCUGGAUGCAAGAUAACUACGGACUCUUAAUUGCAUGCUGCAUUGGGGCUAUUGUAAUUAGUUGCGCAAUGAUUUGCUUUUUACCUUUAACAAGAAUGGUACCAUACAAUUAUGUGAUGCUUUUGUUGUUCACUCUAUGUGAGUCUUACUUGGUGGCUUCGUGUGCAGCUGUAUCAGAUGAGAGCGCUGUGAUCUGUGCUGCCUUUUCAACAGCGGUGAUAGUUUUAGGAAUAACAGUGUUUGUUUGGUUCUCAAAAGUAGAUUUUACAUUCCUCGGACCAAUCAUUCUGAUCAUAGGUUUAUAAAUGUGUAUGCUCUCAAUAUUCAUAUUCUUCUUCCACUUUAAAGCACUCAAGAUGGUUUACUGCAGUUUGGCAGUCAUUUUAUUCUGUUUCUAUCUUAUCUUUGAUACUUAACUAGUUAUGGGUGGAAGAAGAUAUCAGGUUGAGGUAGACGACUACAUUCUUGGAGCUUUUAUUUUAUACACAGACAUCAUUAUGAUAUUCCUAUAUCUUUUGAGACUUUUCGGAGGAAGAUGA